CCGGGCGGCUGUCACAUGACCGAGCCUAGACGGCUGCUGAGAGGGACCAAUCUGAAUCAGAAUAUUGGGGGCGCGGUGGUGGAUUGUGCGGUCGGGGACAGGGGGCAGCGCCCGGCUUGAGACAUGCAGAAGAUCAAGAGCCUCAUAAACCGUCAGGGCCUCAAGAGUCCACAGGAAAGUGUCCAUGAUCUGAGUCCCGUUGAAAACUUCCAGAUUCCCGCAAAGGAAGAGCAGCGUGAGCCCCGGGAGCAGGCGACUGAUCCUCUAGCAGAACAGGAGAUCAUCAACAGCAUCGAAGAGAUUUACUUUUCAAAUGACUCUCUUGACAUUGUAAAAUAUGAGCUUGAGAAGCUGCCCCCAGUACUCACGCUACAUGAGAUUGAGGAAUACAGAGAGAAGCUGAAGAGGCAGCAGGCUGCAGUUUCCAGAAAAGUUGCAGAUCUGAUUCUAGAAAAGCAGCCUUCCUAUGUCAAGGAACUGGAGCGCGUUACGUCUCUGCAGACGGGUCUUCAGCUGGCCGCGGUUAUCUGCACUAAUGGAAGGAGACACUUAAGUACCGCAAAAGAAGGCUUCACGCAGGCCAGCCUGGGACUAUUGGCGAACCAGAGGAAACGGCAGCUAUUGAUCGGACUGCUGAAGUCUCUGAGGACAAUUAAAACUCUGCAAAGAACUGACGUCCGUCUGAGCGAGAUGCUGGAGGAGGAAGACUACCCCGGAGCCAUCCAACUGUGCUUGGAGUGUCAGAAGGCAGCAAGUACAUUCAAACACUACAGCUGUAUAAGUGAACUGAAUUCCAAGCUGCAGGACACUUUGGAACAAAUUGAGGAACAACUAGAUGUGGCACUCUGUAAGAUCUGCAAGAACUUUGAUGUCGCUCACUAUACAAAGGUUCAGCAGGCAUAUAGACUUCUGGGAAAAACACAGACGGCAAUGGACCAGCUCCACAUGCACUUCACCCAGGCCAUCCACAACACAGUGUUCCAAGUUGUCCUGGGAUACGUGGAACUGUGCGCAGGAAACUCCGAUACGAAAUUUCAGAAACUGCCCUACAAGGACCUCUGUACGCAUAUAACCUCAGACAGCUACAUCCCGUGCCUAACAGACCUCUGCAAAGCACUCUGGGAAGUUAUGUUGAGUUACUUUCGCACAAUGGAAUGGCAUGAAAAAUGUAAUCACGAGGAGCCCCAAGCAGCGUCUGACAGUAUCAAUGUGUCUGCUGCAGAAGAGAACAAUUUUGAUCGAAAUUAUAUCAAAAAGAAACUGGAGCAUGGAUUGACGCGCAUAUGGCAGGAUGUUCAGCUCAAAGUCAAGACGUAUCUUCUGGGAACGGACAUGUCCAACUUUAAAUACGAUGACUUCAUUAUAGUCUUGGAUAUAGUCAGCAGGCUCAUGCAGGUCGGGGAGGAAUUCUGCGGCAGCAAAUCUGAGGUUUUGCAAGAAUCCAUUAGAAAGCAAAGUGUUAACUAUUUUAAGAAUUAUCACAGGACGCGUCUUGAAGAACUCCGAAUGUUUCUUGAAAAUGAGACCUGGGAGCUUUGCCCGGUCAAGUCCAGCUUCAGCAUACUACAAUUACAUGAAUUUAAGUGUUUGGGGCAGUCGCGCUCCCCGUCCAUGUCCCCCAGUAAGCAGGCCUCUUCUGCCGACCCUGCGGCCGCCUCCCUGUUUGAGCAGUACACCAGUGGGGGGAAUCCCUUCGAGAUACAGGCCGUAAUGAAAGACGAUGAAACUGAGGAUGUUCUUGCUUCAAAUGGGUACGAAUCCGAUGAGCUGGAGAAAAGCGCUUAUCAGGAGUACGACAGCGACAGCGACGUCCCCGAAGAACUGAAGAGGGAUUAUGUUGAUGAGCAGACCGGAGACGCGCCAUCAAAAAGUGUUUCCAGAGAGACCCUGAGGAGUCGGAAGAGAUCUGAUUACAGCCUGAACAAGGUGAACGCGCCCAUCCUGACCAACACUACACUGAACGUUAUCCGGCUGGUGGGAAAAUACCUGCAGAUGAUGACCAUCCUGAAGCCAAUCGCUUUUGACGUCAUUCAUUGCAUGUCGCAGCUUUUCGACUAUUACCUUUAUGCCGUAUACACAUUUUUUGGAAGAAAUGAUGCUUAUGAAUCCACCGGCCUCGGCCUGAGCAGCAGCAGAUUGAGGACAACAUUGAACAGGAUCCAAGAAAGCCUUAUAGACAUGGAAGUGGCUGGUGAGAAUUCCGGAUCUCUGGCUCCAGGAGAAGAAAGGAAAGAGAAGAUCCCCAGCCCGCACCUCAGCCACAUGGUGGUUCUGACGGAGAGUAACACCCUGUAUGGACUGGCCCAGAGAGUCGUCGCCACAGAGUCCCUGGUUUUCUUGGCUGAACAGUUUGAAUUUCUUCAGAAUCAUCUUGACUCGGUGAUGCCGGCGGCUAAGAAACCGUUCCUGCAGCAAUUCUAUUCACAGACCGUGUCCACCGCCAGUGAACUCCGCAAACCAAUUUACUGGAUCGUAGCUGCAAAGGCCAUCGAUUACGAGCAGCUCCUGCUGCUUAUGGCCAAUGUGAAAUGGGACGUGAAGGAAAUCAUGUCGCAGCACAAUGUGUACGUCGAUGCCUUAUUAAAGGAAUUUGAGCAGUUCAAUAAGAAGUUGGCAGAUCUUUCCAAACAUGUCCGAAUCCCUCUGCCCGUCUCCAAUAUCCUGUGGGAACACUGCAUCCGGCUCGCCAAUAGGACACUGGUGGAGGGCUACGCCAACGUGAAGAAGUGCAGCAACGAGGGCCGCGCUCUGAUGCAGCUCGAUUUCCAGCAGUUCCUGAUGAAGCUGGAGAAGUUGACCGACAUCCGUCCGAUUCCCGAUAAGGAGUUUGUGGAGACCUACAUUAAAUCCUACUACCUGACCGAGAAUGACAUGGAGCGCUGGAUCAAGGAGCACAGGGAAUAUUCCACCAAGCAGCUGACUAACCUGGUAAGUGUCUGCCUUGGAUCCCACAUAAACAAAAAGGCCAGACAGAAGCUCCUGGCAGCAAUUGACGACAUGGACCGACCGAAAAGAUAAUCCCCCAAGGAGCCCUCCUCAGCUCCCUGAUCUGGUGUAACCCAAGGGUGAAAGGACGCGCACGCGCUGGAUUGUAAAAGAUAGAAUCACUCAAAAAACACAUCCUCUGGUGUCUGGAAAAAGUAUCUCCCUCCUCGCUGCAUAUUUUAUUUGUACAGGGUUUAUAAGGAACUUUCUUAUUUCUCUAUGUGUUUUUUUUUGUGUGAAAUCCUCUAAUAUUUAAAGUUUUAUCAAUUAAAUAGCUGGAAUACUUAAAGGGGUACUCCGACCCUGAGACGCCUAAUCCCCUAUCCAAAGGAUAGGGGAUAAGAUGCCGCACCGCGGGGGUCCCUGCAAUCUUGUAUUCGCCACCCACCUGUUUGAGCUGCACGAUGUGGUGCCAGCUCACAAACAGCCAGGUGGCGACCACGGGGGCGGAGUAUCGUGAUGUCACGACUCCGCCCCCGUGUGACGUCACACCCCGCCCCCGCUAUGCAAGUCUAUGGGAGCUGCAUGCCGCGGUGCCAGCUCACAAACUGCCGGGUGGCGACCACGGGGCUGGAGUAUCGUGACGUCAUGACUCCGCCCCCGUGUAA